UUUCACAUCACAUCACACCAAGUUCCCAUCCCACGAAUUGAAUUGAGUAAUUCCAAUUGGCCAACUCUUAUCGAAAAAAAGACAUUCUCUUAUCGCACCAGUUCAAAAACCCUGGCUCCCUGGCUUCUUGGUAUUCUUCUCUCUAAUUCCACUAGCUCCACCAAGUUUCUAGGUUUGAACGUGCUGAAGUCUCCAUUUCACUCGAUUCGGCCCCCUCAACACUUUUUGAAGAAAACCAAAUGUGCUAAGAUCGGCCCCGUUCAAAACUUAUUACUCAUAUAUUCUGCUCUCCAUAUUUCAAUCUAUCUCCUCGUAAAACCCUACGCAAUACAAUCGCAACGAGCUCCUACAUACCUCCUAUUCAGGAUACCUACGAUAUUGAAAUACGGCACUUGA